UUUUAUUUUAAAGAAAUUUAGUGAAACAGUUACAUAGUAUAUUUUGAAUAAUAUUACAUCUAAUUUUAAAAAUAUUCUCGAAAAAUUCGAAAUAUGACUUUGAGUAGACUUAUAAAAAGUAGUUCAGGGCCUGAGUAACAGUAAUAGGGCACAUAGCAGGCCCAACAGCCUUCGGGGCAUGCGAUUGGUCCGCUAUAGCCCCAAAACGGGCUUCCAAAGCAGUUUUCAGGCUCUGUUUAUAGCCAUCGAGGUUACUUUCGCCGGACCUCGCUCUCUUCCGGUGGCUCCGUUUUCCUCGGCGUGGACGUCGGCACCGGAAGCGCACGUGCAGCUUCUGUGGGUCAAAAGAGAGUUUGCAAGAGUCCUGUUAUGGCAUUUAGGUGGAUGGAUCUCAGUGACUGGUUAUCAUAUAGUGUACCCCUCGAAGGACCUGAAAGUGAGGAAGUACCAUGAUGCUAAUUAUCCGAUAUUCCUUGAUCUUUUUACAAGCUGCAUUUAUCUCACUUAUCUCAUUGUUCGAUGAAGAAGGCUGUUUCUCAGUAUGUUUUCGGUUGCUAUGUAAGAAUUGGUAAAGAUGAUGAAUGAUUUGAAGAAUUCAUAAUUUCAUUUACCCAUCUUGGUUAUCUGGUUGUCUUUGUAAACAUGUAAAAGAUUGUACUUAGACUGUGUUUGGUAAGC